GACUGAAGAGUUACAUUCAUCGUGGGGUUUCUGUCCCAAAUCAUUGCCAACAUGAAGAAGGUAUUGUGCAGUCUUGCAGUCUGCCUCUUAAUCUUUCGACCGACACAUGCCGGUCCCUUGGAAAGCGACGUUUCCAUCAACGAAGAGGCCACGAGUGAACUGGAAAAGCUCCUGCCCAGCAGUUGCAGCAUUUGUUUUGGAACUCGAGGCCCACGAGGCCCUCCUGGAAAGGAUGGAUGUGCCGGACCACAAGGUGUGCCAGGCAACCCGGGCAGUAUCGGUCCUGCUGGACCACUGGGCCCAGCUGGCUCACCUGGCCCAGCUGGGAGCGCUGGACCUCCUGGACCAGCUGGUCCCCCUGGUAACAACGGCCUGAGAGGGGAACCAGGCAACACUGGUCCUCCUGGACCCCCUGGGAAUCCUGGAACUCCAGCCGCAACAAACCGCAUCUCUUGUACUAACGUCUCCAGCAGAGGUGCCACCACGAGUUGCCCCACAGGGCACAUAGCAGUGUCGUGUUCAUGUGGAAGCGCGUGUGGUUCGUGGGACAUCCCAAACGACAGCACGUGUCACUGCCAGUGCGCUGGGAUCGACUGGACAUCGGCGCGGUGCUGUAGGCUGGCCUGACACGGAUCGGCAGUGAAGAUGGGAAACAAUCGUAGAGAAACCAAACUACAUGAUCAACACGAACCAGAGAGAACACCACAGAGACAACACAAACACUGUCACGGGUAUGGAGGUGAACACAACAGAAACAUAACACGAACACAAUCAAGGAUAUAGAGGUAAACACAAAAUUAACCACGUGGAGCAACAGUAAACACUUAAGCGUGUGCCACCAGCGAAAGCCCAGAGAAUAAUGCAACUUAUAAUCACAAUUAAAUAUGUUUGACCUUAUACAGUGUCAUUUAUGCAAACAGCAUCCCAAAUGAAAGUUGUAGUUUUCACUUGUGUAAAUUGAUUUAAGCUAGAUUUUUUUUACCUUGGUUUCAUGGAUGUGUUUGUUUUCAGUGCAUUCAAAACAAAUGGCUUGCUCUGGAUAUAUAUGUUUAAUAAUCCAUCAUUGAAAUUUGGGACACGAGGUUUUGUUACUGUAUCACAUAUGGUGAUUUGGUGCGGUUGAUUUCUGUUGAGAUACAUGGUACAGUAUUUGCAUAAUAAAUGGUUGCUGUUGA